CUGGCAACGCGGCAACGGGCUCGCGGAGGUGCUACUUGGCGCUGUGGCGUGAGACUAAAUGUCCCCGCCACGACCCCGGGCCGUUCGUGAAGGCGCUGCUUGACGGACCGCACGCACUCGGUGCUUGAGCCUCCGGCCUACGUCCCUCCACAGGCUCAGCCCUUUUCCUGCGGCCGUGCCCCUCUUCCCGCUUCAGCCCGGUAGUAAGGCUGCUGCACGCCGGAGCCUUUCGAGUCGCGGGCGGAGGACGGGAACGCCUCCGUGUCGGCGCCUCCCCCUUAAGCUGCCCGAAGCCCGCCUGCGCCCGCCUCCGAAGCGGCGCGCGACGCCCAGCGCCCCCAGGCGCGGGCCCGUGCUCACCCAGGCCCAGGCCCUGCCCGCUAGCAAGACCGAGCCCCACUGCAUUUUAUUUUAUUUCGUUCGUGGUUUUGCAUAGACUGAAGUUUUGUGGGUUAGGUUAAACUCGGGCCCUUCUCGAAGAGGACCCAUUUUUUUUUCUUUCCAAAAUGGCAGCCUCCAGCCGCGCACAAGUGUUAGAUCUGUACCGGGCGAUGCUGAGAGAAAGCAAGCAUUUCAGCGCCUACAAUUACAGAACUUAUGCUGUCAGGAGGAUAAGAGAUGCCUUCAGAGAAAAUAAGAAUGUAAAGGAUCCUGUAGAAAUUCAAGCCCUAGUGAAUAAAGCCAAAAGAGACCUUGGAAUAAUUCGUCGACAGUGCUGCACACCACAGGCAUUAGGGGGAAGAUGUUCACACCAGUACACAAUCACCACCACAGAUGUGAGCCUACGAAAACGCAAGGUCCACAUCGGCCAAAUGUAUUCGACUAACAAGCUUAUCAUUGAGAAUCAAGAGACACCGAGGACCUAGGGGGCUGGGACCAGCCUCCCCCCGCCCCCCGGCAGCUGUGGACCAGCUUCAGCACCCAGUCUGCGCUUCGGCUGGGGGCCCCCACAGACCACAAGUGGCCUCUUCCAUCAGCUUAGAAUUGCUUCUUGCUCGGCCUGCCCUAUAGGAGCUGAUAAACUGAGUCCAGGUUCCAUUCUUCUGCAGCCUUAGUGGAAAAGGGUGGCUGGCUGUCCUUGAUUCAAGUGUUAGAGUGACGAGCAGAGCUCGCCCGGAAUAAUGUUGUGUAUUAUUGUGUCUCCUCUCCACCGCACUCCUCUUUUGUGUCUCAUCGCCACUUGUAUAGAGCCCUCCACUCUGUCUCUCUUCGUUGUUAAUAAACAGAAUUGUCUCCCUACACCUUCUCAUGCCAAAUACACUCCUGACGAUGAAUGCA